AUGCAUACUGUCUGCUUCAUUGUUGAGAAAUUUAAGUGGUUUCGUUGUUUUGCAGACGGGUUUCAGUUGUGUUUUCUGUGUCUGUAUGUUGCUGGUGCAAACGCUCAGAUAAGGCUCGUUAUCAGUACUCAGACCCUGCAGCCCCUCAUUACAUAUGCAUGAGGAGGGCGGAGUCACACACAGCGCUAGUAAAGUGUCCUGCAGCUGUGCAGUGUGUGAAGAGACAUUAGUGCAAGAGUGUACGAGCUGCAUAUACAAGGGAGCUUGAACAACAAAAUCCAGAGUCAUUUUUCUGAAUCUCACAGACAUGGACCCUGAGGUGCCCAAAGACAAAUAUAAUGGCGUGUGGUGGAUUUUCUUCAUGCUGGGUUUGGGAACUCUCCUGCCGUGGAACUUCUUCAUGACGGCCACAAUGUAUUUCACCAGUCGUCUAGCAGACCCUGUAACUGAAGCCAACUCAAACUUCUCAGCCAACGUGACAGAAGAAGCGCCACGCAGCGUCUUACAGGCCAAGUUUAAUAAUGUGAUGACUCUGUGUGCGAUGGUUCCUCUGCUGGUGUUCACCUGCCUCAACUCAGCCCUUCACCAGAGAAUCCCUCAGAAGGUCCGGAUCGCAGGGAGUCUGCUGGCCAUCCUGCUGGUGUUUCUGCUGACCGCCGUCCUGGUGAAGGUGGAGCUGGAGCCGCUGCCGUUCUUCGUCGUCACCAUGAUCAAGAUCAUCUGCAUCAACUCGUUCGGAGCCGUCCUGCAGGGAAGUCUCUUCGGGAUGGCCGGCCUCCUCCCGGCUUCAUACACAACACCCAUCAUGAGCGGACAGGGACUCGCAGGAACCUUCGCUGCGUUCUCCAUGAUCUGUGCCAUCGCCAGUGGUUCUUCUAUACAGGACAGUGCGUUCGGAUACUUCAUCACAGCGUGUGCCGUCAUCGCUCUGGCCGUCGCAUCAUACGUGGCCCUUCCUAAACUGGCGUUCUUCCAGUAUUAUCAGAAGAGUCAGCAGAACAAACCAGCCGAGGAUGAAGAGAACAAGAUGGAUCUGCUGAAGAACGAUCAGCGGCAGCAAAGCGCUGGAGACGACGACAAACACACACCUUCCAUGUUAAGCAUCUUUAAGAAGAUCUGGCUCAUGGCCGUCUCGGUGUGUUUCGCCUUCACGGUCACUAUCGGCACGUUUCCUGCGAUCACUGUGGAUGUGAGAUCGAGCAUCGCUGGAGGCGGAGUGUGGGAGAAGUACUUCAUCCCAGUGUCCUGUUUCCUAUUCUUCAAUGUGUUCGACUGGGCCGGCCGCAGUCUGACCGCAGUGUGUAUGUGGCCUGGGAAAGACAGUAAGCUGCUGCCGGGUCUGAUAUUGGCGCGUGUGAUAUUCGUCCCGCUCUUCAUGCUGUGUAACGUCCAGCCUCGUGUCAAUCUGCCCGUCUACUUCACACACGACGGCUGGUUCAUCGCCUUCAUGAUCCUCUUUGCCUUUUCCAAUGGAUAUCUGGCCAGUCUGUGCAUGUGCUUCGGACCCAAGAAAGUGGACCCGAGCGAGGCGGAGACAGCCGGAGCGAUCAUGGCCUUCUUCCUGUCUCUCGGUCUCGCUCUCGGAGCGUCUGUGUCGUUCCUGUUCCGCGCGCUCGUCUGAACACACACACACACAGAGGAGACCCAGCGUUACAGGUGCUUCACAUGGGACUGUCCCGAGCAGCUCCGUACGGGAUCAAACUAAACCAGUCCGGAUCUUCAGCGGAACAGAACAGAUCCCACCGGAUGAGUCUCAAACUCUCACUGCCCAUUAUAUAGGGGACUUAAAGGAGUAGUUCACUUUUAAAAACACUUUUGCUGAUAAUUUACUCGCCCCCAUGUCAUCCAAGAUG